AUGAACGGCAGCUUGGUGAAUUUUACCCAAGGGAACUUUACAGCACACGAGACAUUCUGGCCGUGUGUCCAGUGGCGACUGGAAACUGAGUUGGACUACGACCUGGCGAUAGCAGCAUGCUACCAUCUUCCCGACCCGUUUCAGGUCCAGAACAGGAAAAUCGGGAUCGCAUCCGCCACUGUGGGGGCAGCCAGUAUCCUCCUGAACGGCGCGGUGUUGUCUGGAAUUUUCAGAAACCACCAGCUGACUGAACCCAUGUACAUGUUCGUGGCAAACCUCUCCAUGGCGGACUGUGUGGCAGGUUUGUUCUCUUUUCUCUUCUGUGCCAUCAUGCACGGGGAUGUCAUGCAACCACUAACAUCACUGGCCUUAUUCUGCUUGUUCUUUUUCGUGUUGGUUUUAUCAGCUAUCGGCGUGGUACUCCUGUCAAUGGACCGUUAUCUGGCCAUCUUCCACCCGAUAUUCUACCAGACCCGCAUGUCUGGGCGACACGUUGCCGUGAGUUUGGGGAUCGCGUGGCCAGCCUGCGCGCUUGUCUGUCUGUCUCCUCUCAUGGGCUGGAACUGCAUCGAUAACGAAAAGGAAAACUGUAUGAGGAAUUCCCCCGAUAACUACCUCAUACUGAUAAACAUCAUUCUGAUCGUGGCUGUGGUAGUCGUGGUCUUCGUCAACGUUAGAAUCUUCAUCGUACUGAAGCAGCGCUUCUCUAGAAUGGGACUCGUUCAGAAGCCUCAAGACAACCUGCCCGCCGCACGUCGCAGGGAACAGCGAGUCACCGCGAGAGAGCGGCACCAGCUCAGACUCAAACUGAAGACGGCGGUGACUGUCGUGAUGAUCGCGGCGUUGUUCAUCGUCGUUUGGCUGCCGAUCUGUGUCGGCUUCGUCAGAGGCGUCACCUGUCACGCGAGCGACCAGUGCACGACAGAACCGCGACCUUACUGGGGGCUGCUGAUCGCAUUCUGCGGUUCCGUGGUUAACCCGUUCAUCUACGCGCUCAGGAUCAAGAAGAUUAGACAGGCUCUGCUGCGGAGAGCGAGAAGACUGGCGAACGUCGUUCACGAAAGACUGUGGUGGCCAUCGACCCGAGUACUGGACAUUCAGAUCGUUGGAAAUGUAUACGUACAACGGAUUGAACACAAUGCUGGUAAUUGA